GAUUCUGUCAAAAGUAAGUUCAAAACUUUCAAUGGGAUAUCAAAACAAAACAGAUCAAAACGAUUUGUUAUGAUUCAAUUUUGGACUGAUUAAUAAGAGCUGUUAUUCUUAUAAAUUUAAUAUGUAUUAAUGAGUGAAAUCAUAAUACAAAAUAAAACUAUUGAAAAUUCUCUUUAAUGAAAAUGAAUGAAGAUCCAAUAUGUUUAUCCUCAGAUGAGGAAAGUGAACCUUCUGCAAAGAAAAUCAAGUCUGACAAUGAGCAAAUACCACAAAAUAAAAAAGAAAAAGAUGUAGUCGUCAGUAAGAAUAUAAGCAACAUUGAAAAUAUAAUAUGUCUAGAUUCUGAUGAAGAUGACGAUUCAGAAAAUACAGUAGUAGUAGAUACAGAAUUAAAUGGUUCAAUAAAAAUACUUCCAAAAAAUUCUACCGAUGAUCUGAACCAAGUUGAAGUUAUAAGUUGUGAUUCGCCAUCUACCUUAAAUUUAAGUAAUGGAUCAUCUAGUACUAGUAAAGAUUCUCAAGAAUUAGAGAGUAGUACUACAGAUACUUCUGAAAGUGAAUAUUAUGCUGAGGAAGAACUUCAAUCUAGCAAAGUACAAACAAAAAUUAGCCAGUCAGAAGAGCAAAGUGAUUCAUCAAUUUCAAAAAGUGCUCUGAUGGCAGAUACUGCAGAUUUACCAAUAGAAGCCAUAAAAUUUUUGUCAACUUGUAGGAAUGUUCUCAGCAAGGAAUCGGCUGAACCAAUUUUCAGAAAAUUUCCUGUUAUCAUUAAAAUGUUUCGUUCACUUUCAGAAGAAUUUUCCAAAACUGAAUAUCUAAAUAAGUUUUUGAGGAAACAAACAAAAACUGCUGGACAAUCUGUUUCAUGCUGUAUUAUCAGUUUUAGGGAUGUAUAUCAGCAUUUAAAGGACAAUUUGAAUUCAAAAUCUAUAGAAUUACCUAAAGAGCAUUGGAAACAUGUAAGGAAAUUAGAAAAAUUCAUGGAACAGGUGUUGGCUAAACUCAAGGAAUUAGAAGAAACUGAAGUAGAUUUUGAUGAAGAUGAAGAUAGAUCUGCAUAUAUCCUACAUGCUAAAUAUGCUCAAAAACUCAACCAAGCUUAUAACAAGUACUGUGGAAUUUUAAAGAAGAAUCCUUACUCUGGUCGUCUAACUUAUGAACGAUUAGAUUUUGUAUCAUCAAAUUACAAUGAAAUCAACCAAGCUAUUUCCAAAAAGUAUAAAAAUAAUAAAAUAUUUCCUAGUUAUAGUGAACUAGCCACUUUUAUUGAGAGUAUUGUUGCUGACAAAAAAUUACCUUUGAACAGUAUAGAAACAAAGAGAGAAAGUGAACACUGUUUCAAAGAGUUGGGUGAACUACUACAAACAAGGAGGAAAAAGGAGUUAUAUGAGGCUCAUGAAAAAUAUUUGAUUGGAAAUGAUCCUGCCAAAAAUGAUGAAGAACUUGAGAAGAAACUUCGAAUAAGUUCCAAAGAAGGAAAAGUACGGUUAGAACAAAUUUGUCAAGAAUAUGUGACUAAACAAGAAUUAGGUUUGAUAGGAGAAGAAAUCGAUUUAAGCGAAGCAGAAAACUGUGAUGACGAAAACCAAAGUGAUGAGGAUUUUUGAAACAUUAAAAAAAUUAUUAUGAA